ACCACCGCAGCAUUUUCCUUCUGCAAACCCUUUUCCCGGGAAAACAGGGGAGAGAAAGAAACUCUCGCUUUGCAUCAGAGAAAAGAUGAUGAAGUCGCCAGACCAAGAACACCCGGAGGAGGCUCUUGGCUGGGCUGCGAGAGACGCCUCUGGCCUUCUCUCUCCCUUCAAGUUCUCCCGCAGGGCGACUGGAGAGAAAGACGUGAAGCUCAAAGUGCUAUUCUGCGGGAUCUGCCACACCGACCUCCACAGCGUGAGGAAUGACUGGGGAUUUUCUACCUAUCCUCUUGUUCCUGGCCACGAGAUCGCCGGCGAAGUCGUGGAGGUCGGAAGCAAGGUGGAGAAGUUGAAGGUGGGAGACAAAGUGGGAGUGGGUUGCUUGGUCGGAUCGUGCGGCUCCUGCGAUAGUUGCCACGACCAUCUCGAGAAUUACUGCCCCAAAAUGAUUCAGACUUAUGGUGCCACGUACCAUGAUGGGACGAUGACCUACGGAGGAUACUCCAACAUGAUGGUGGUGGAUGAGCACUUCGCCAUCAAAUUCCCGCAGAACAUGCCUCUCGACGCCGGCGCUCCUCUGCUUUGUGCCGGCAUCACUGUUUACAGCCCAAUGAGGUUCUUCGGGCUCGACCGCCCAGGGGACCACUUGGGCGUGGCGGGUCUCGGUGGAUUAGGCCAUGUAGCCGUGAAAUUCGCGAAGGCGAUGGGGGUCAAGGUGACCGUGAUCAGCUCCUCCCCCGGCAAGAGGGAGGAAGCGCUCCAGCGUCUUGGUGCCGAUGCAUUCCUUGUUAGCAGCGACAUCAAUCAAGUCGAGGCUGCUAAGGGAACGAUGGAUGGUAUAAUCGACACGGUUUCGGCUGUGCACUUGAUAUCGCCCUUAAUUGAUUUGCUUAAAAAUAAUGGUAAACUUGUCUUCGUCGGUGCUCCUAAUCGGCCUCUUGAGUUACCUGUCUUGUCCUUGCUCACCAUGAGGAAGAUUGUGGCUGGGAGUUGCAUUGGUGGAUUGAAGGAAACUCAGGAGAUGAUUGAUUUUGCUGCAAAGCACAACAUAACUGCUGAUAUCGAGGUCAUUCCAAUCGACUAUUUGAACACGGCAAUGGAACGCCUUGCCAAGGGUGAUGUCAAGUAUCGGUUUGUGAUAGACAUUGGCAACACCUUAAAAGAAGCAUGAGGUUCCCGAAGGCUCUUGAGUAGAUUGCCUAUGAUGAUGUCAUGUAAAAACUUUGGAGUUCAAAUAAAACUUUGAUCGAGAGAGUUUCACGUGGAA